AUGUUGUCGUCUUUUUGCUUUCUUCCCCGCGCUCUUCAGGGAGCUGCGGCGGCGUCCUGCGGGCUCGCCCAGCGCCACGUUUCAUCGUCACUGCGUCUCCGCCCCUUGCUGCUGCCUCGUGCUUCCUCCGCGUUCGUGGGCGCUUCGGCGGGCGCGCGCGCACAGCGCGCUUUCAGCUCCGCGGGCGUCAAGAAAACACUCGGGCUAUCUUCGAGUCAGCCUCUUUCGAUUUUCGCUCAGCACCGCCACGUGGCUGGAGGCGCCUACUACUGGGCUAAAGCGCGGGAAAAGCAGUACAACGACGAGGAGGUUGAAAAGUGGCGCGAAUCGUUUCUGAACCUCAAGCCGUACGACGAUAAGGCACUGCGCACGUGGCGUCAGGUGUUUGACUCGCUGGAUCGCGAUAUGGAUGGAUACAUCUCCCGCGCGGAUCUUCAGAAGACCCCCGAGUUCACUCUUGCCAAGGCACACAAACUGAAGCGCUACGACACAGACGGGAACAAUUUGAUUGACUUUGGUGAAUUCAUUGAGGCUCUCUACAACGUCGACAAGCAGAUGUUCCUCGAGUCCUUUGAAGGCUUUGACCAAGUCGAUAUUCAGCUUGAAUUCGACAAAUAUGCCGUCGACGAGACGUCGCCGACGAAGAAGCACAUCCCGGAAUCGCGGGUGGCGGAGAUGAUGCUUGACCACAAGUUCACCUGCGUGACGGCCCUGGACGCCAAGCGCCUCUUCCAGGAAAUGGACGUCAAUCACGACGGCGUCAUCGACCUGGCGGACUUCAAAGAAGUAGUCAUGUACCGCGUGCACUGA